AUGUCUACACAACCGCGCAGCUCUAAAUUGAUGGCACUCGUAGCUGGGCUCUGCAGCCUUGUGAUCGCAACUGCAGAAUUGACUGGCCCUCAUACGUAUGCAGUCGAGUACUGUUUCGGCAAACAAGCCUACAGGGCCAUGUGCAGCAGUGUCGUGCUCGUCGGCGGAUCGUCGCACAGCUUCUCUCUCGUAGCAGAAAGCCGCGAGAGCUUCUACAUCCUGCGCAUCGAGCCUGCACGGAGGCUGGGGCCAAUCAGAUGUAGGCCCGCACGAGGUCUUGGAGGCGCCGUUCCAGACUGCGCGAUCCUAGACAGUCAGAGUACUGUUCCUGGCGAAUACGUGUACGAGGUGGCAGCCGUCAAAGCACUACCAACAAGCACGGUCAUAAGUCCAACAUCGGACCUCGCUUGGGAAGCAGCAAAUGCCUGCUGUUCGAUCAUAUGGACCUCGGCCGGUAAGGUCACCUUUCCAGAAAAGGAUUGGAUAGAUGACGAGGCAGAGGUGACGAUGCUUUGCGGCCCCGGCGAAGACGCGAGCGCGCUCAUUCCGGUAUGGACCUGA